GUCCGCCGUCGGCUUGGUCCGCCGUCAUCUGCCACCCCACACGCGCGCCCGUCGGCUCCGUCACCUGCUCCCACAACUGCUCUGUCACCUGCGCCCGUCACCUGCUCCAUCGCCUGCGCCCAUCGGCUCACCUGCUCCCACACGGAGCGUCGAUCCAGGGCGCCAUCACCUGCUCCCGCUGGGACUUGUCCGCCGGCGACCGCACCUCCCGGCGACCGCACCUGCUCGCGAUGGACCCAACGAAUCAGAGGUCCUCAGGGGCAGGGCGGCGCCGCUCCGUUGCUGCUGCUAAGGGCCAUGGUCAGCAGCAUGUGCCGGCACCUACGUCACUCCGUUCGCCCUCUUCACCUGAUUCGCAACAAGUACAGUCUCCAAAUCCCCCAUGGAACUUUUAUCCACCAAAUGGUUUUGUGAAUCUCAUUAACCAACCAUACAUGCCAAUGCCGUCGCAGCCACUUGGAGAGAAUUUCCACUUUGUUGGUCUCACACAGAACUUCAACACUUCUCCGCCACCGCCACCGCCACCAAAUGCUAAAAGGACUCAAAAACCAUCCAGACUAGCUAAAGGAACAAUUCAGAUUGAUGGUGAUGGUGAUGCAACCACUGAGGAAUCUAAGGCAGUCAAGAAAAGGUAUUGGACACAUGACGAGGAAGUGAGGCUGGCUAGUGCUUGGUUGAACUGUUCUAAUGAUCCAAUACAUGGCAAUGACAAGAAAGGAGAAACUUUUUGGAAGGAAAUUGCAGAAUACUUUAACAAGCAUGCUCCAGCAGAUCGUCAAAGGGACGUCAAUCAAUUAAAGAUACACUGGACAAGGUUGAAGACAGUGAUCAACAAUUUCAAUGGGUGUUGGAGCGCAGUAUCAAAAAUGCAUACAAGUGGGUACUCUGAUGAUCAGUUAAUGGAUGAGGCACAAAAGAUGUAUGCAAAUGGUAAUAACGGCAAACCGUUCACGCUGGUUCAUUGGUGGAAAACUCUCAGAAAUGAACCUAAAUUUUGUGCACAAAUCUCACAGAUGGAUAAGGAAAAAGGUCAGAGCCAUACCAUUGACAUCACUGAAGAUAGAGAUCUGCUUCCCUCACAACGUCCUAUAGGAAGAGAUGCAGCCAAGGCUCAAAGGAAUGGAAAGCGCAAGGCAGAAGAGGUUUUGGAUGGUAUUGCUCGCCUUGGGGACAGCAUAAACAAAAUUGUUGAAGUGCAACAAGACCGGAAGCAAGAGCGUGAAAAAGUGGCUGAAACUCAACUAGAAAUCUCAAGGUUACAACUCAAAGCUGCACAGGAACAGAAGGAGGCAAAAUUGCUUGAAGUAUAUAGCUCACUACUGCAGCAAGACACUAGUCAAUUAUCUGAUCAAGGAAAGAUAAACCGAGAGAGGACAUUGCAGAAGAUGGAGCUGAAAUUAUUCGGUGAUAAUGCUGAAGACUAAGGCUCCCAUUGGCUGCGAACUGAAAGGAAAAUGCAGUGUGAACUGAAAUGUUUUCGUGUAUGCCUUGUUUUUUUGUGAACUGAAAUGUUUGUGUGAACUGAAAUGUCUGUGUGUACUGAAAUGUCUGUGUGAACUGAAAUGUUUUUUUAGAUGAAAAGUCAAGUGCGAACUGAAUUAUUUCUGUGAAAUGAAAGGUCUACUGUGAACUGAAUUAUGUCUGUGUGAACUGAAUUAUUACUGUGAACUG